UCGCAUUUAGUAACGUGCUGCUCGUCGAACAAGAUCGCCCGCUUUGCCCGGUCCGCUCAAAAAGGGAAAACAAACGCUCUCCAUCGAAUUGGCAUAGAAGUAGUUCCGUUCCGAGCAGAAAAUGUCGGGCGAUGUGCAGCCGCGAAAGCGCAAGGAUAAGCGCCGAAAACGCGAUGACGACGAAUCUUCGCACGGCGUUCACAUUACAAAGAUGGGAAACGAAGAUCUCCACCUGCACGUGCACCACGAACACGGAACCGGGGGUCAUUGGUGUGCCAAGAUCAUAUUUUUCGCCCUGAUGGCAGUGCUACUCGGUUUAGUGGGUCUGAUCAUCAUGGAGAACCGCGGACUGGAAGAUCUGGACACUCCUCUGUCGGAAUCACGUUUCUCAAAAGUAUUUGAUGGCUGGGUGGACGAACAUCGAGAUGAACAUGAUGCCCACGAUGUCCAUGAGCCCUCUGGAGAGGCUUUAGAUGAUCAUGAUGAUCAUGACGAGCACGACGAGGAAGAAGAACCCCUUUCCGAAGAAUUAGAAGAGGAGGAGGAAGAGCCAACUGAGGAGGAGCAACCAGAGGCAGAUGAAGAAGAACCCGAACAAGAAGAAGAAGAAGAUGAUGAUGAGGAGAACAAUGCGGGCGAAAACAUAACCGCCGAGGAUGCUGAGGAGGAAGAUGAAGGAACUGUGGAGGCCACCGUUGAAGCUACCGCAGAAGCCACCACUGAAGCCACUGCGGAGUACGAAGCUGAAGAGGAUGAGGAAGAGGAUGAGGAUGAAGCUCCAGCGGAUAAGGAUGAUGCAGUAGAAUCCACUGAAGCCCCUCUCUCUGAAGCUGAUGAGCAGGAAGAAGAUGAUGAGGACGAGGAAGAGCAGGAGGUAGAAGAGUCUGUAGAACCGCCAAGAUCGCAAUCUGCAGCACAAAGUGCUCCCGCCCCAGAUGAUAACGAUGAAGAUGAUGAGGAACAGGAUAAUAAAGAAGACGAGGAGGACGACGACGACUUUGAGUCGCUUGAUCAGCAGUUUGAAAAUGAGCCCGAAGAAUUGGAACCAGCGAAAGCAGUAGAAAGCAAGGAGCAGGAUAAGGAUCAGGACGAUGAUGAGGAGGAGCACAAAGAAGAGGGCUCCUCUUGGUUGGCAUCACUUGCCGUUAAAUUUGGCGUUGGCGUUGCACUUGCCUUAGUUUCACGCCUUGUAUUGAUAAGGAAAAGUCCAAAUACAACUGAGGAUGAACCCGCACCGGAGGCCAUAAUGAGGCGAAGAUUGACGAUUGCCACGGCCGAGGAUCACAUACCGGACGACGUAGAGGAGCUGCCCCUGCUGGACGACGAUGAAUACUCCGAGGAGGAAAUCGAAAUCGAGGAGGAGAUCGAGGUGGAGAUCAGCGACAUCGAGGAGGAGGAGGAUGAUGUGCGUCACGAUAGCGACGACAAUGUUGCCUCCAUGGCCAGCUAUGUGCCCGAAACCUUUGAGCAACUGAGUGCCAUGUACAAGUUCGCCCAGCAGCCUGAAAAGGAGACCAAGCCCGAGGAAAAGGAGAAGGAUUUGGAACAGCCAGCUGGCCGCAGCGAUAUCUAUGUGGAGUACGAGGACGGGGCGAUCGAGGACUUCGAGCAUGAGGGCGAUAGCGAUGAGGAGGAGAUCACCGACGAGGAGGAGGACGAGAUCUCCGACGUGGACGACGCCGAUCUGAUGAACCGGCUGGAGGCCAAGUACGGUCGUCUGCCCGUCAAGGAGUUCGAAAGCGAUCCGGACUCCGACGACCCCAGCUGGACACAAAUAAAGCCGAAAGAAGCUGCACCUGCUCCUGUUUCCGCCGAGAAAGAGGAUCCCUUUGAGCAGGAGUUGCGCAAGGCCAACGAGGAGAUGAUUAGGGAGAACUAUGCCCAAGCCCUGCGAUCCUUUAACACGCUCACCACCGACUUUGCCCACGAGCCAUUGGCCCAUUUGGGAAGAGCCCGAGUCCUGGAGCUCCUGGCCAAGAAGGAGCGCAGCAACCAGCGGCUGUGGGAAGCCAUCGAUGCCUACAAGAGAUACCUGGCCUUUGGCGAACUGGUCAACAGCGAUCAGGAGUUCACGACAGCUGGGGAAAAGUGUAUAGAGAAUUUGAGAUUUUUGGGCUACCACCGACAGGCGACCACCAUCCACGAGCUGCUCAUCGAGCGUUUGCCUGGGGAACCGCGACUGCGUAACCAACUCUCACUCACCCAUCUCAUGGUCAACAAUCUUCAGCAGGUUGAAAAGGUGUCCAAGGAAACGCUGAAACUCUGGCCCACCAAUGCAGUGGCUCAACUUCACUAUGGCCUGGCUCUCAGGCAGCUACAUGGUGACAAUGCCAAGGCUCUGCCUUAUCUGAGAUAUGCAGUGGAGUCCCAGGAAGAGGGCACCCAGGAGGCUUUCUUCUACUUGUCGCUGGGUGAGGCCCUGCAGCGUCUCUCCAAGAAUUCCGAGGCUCUGGAAGUGUUCAGAAAAGGCGUUGCCAAGGGAUUCUUUGCCAGCCUCUAUCAGAGAUCGCUGUACAAUGAGCCCCGGCUAAAGGCACAGCCUUUUUGGCAGCCCCGGGAGACGGGCUACGAAAGGCAGUUGGAGAAUCUCCAGGUCAAUUGGCGCGUCAUAAGGGAUGAAGGACUAACCCUGCUGGGCGGAAGUGGAUUCUUCGAGGAUGAAGCUGAACAGCUGCGCGACAAAGGAGUGUGGCAGCAGUACGUGCUCUAUUCGCAGGGUCGUCGGGAGAGGCAGAACUGCCAGAGGGCUCCCAUUACCUGUAGCCUGCUGGAGGACUUCCCCGAAUCCUCUGGCUGUCGUCGCGGCCAAGUUAAGUUCAGUGUCAUGCAGGCCACCACGCAUGUGUGGCCACAUUGUGGACCCACCAAUUGCCGCUUGAGGGCGCACCUCACCCUGGUUGCUCCGGAGCCGGAAAAAACCUCACUUCGCGUGGCGGAGCAGGAAAGAACCUGGCGUGAGGGAGAACUCUUUAUAUUCGACGACAGCUUCGAGCACGAGGUGUGGCACAAUGGCAGUAGACCCCGCCUAGUGCUCAUCCUCGACAUGUGGCAUCCGCAACUGAGUGCCGCCCAGCGGCGCAGUUUAUCACCUAUUUAAGCGGGAGUUACUUAGUUCUAUUUAUAUAGUUCCGGUUCCUGUAGGCCUGUAAUUUAGUUCAAUUCCUCCAAAUCGCAUCGUUCAUUGUUAGUUAAAUCGCCAUGUUCUGUGUAUAGACAUUCUAAUUAUACCUCUUAAUCGUUAAGCUCGGUUUGAAUGCGUGUUUAGGCUAUAUAGACGUCAAUUCAUCUGUUUAUAUGUAAGAUUAUAUACGAUUAGCGUUGGCUGGCAGCUUACCCUCGCUUUUGUACUUUACAGAAAUACAAAAAACCUUUUAGGAUUCGACAA